AUGGCGGCAGCAGCGGCAUCGAGCUCGCAGAGCGAUGCCUCUGCACCCAUGGACACCUCCUACGAUGACGAGACUCGGCCAGGGGAAAGCCAGUUCCCAACGCUGACGCCUCUGUCGCACGAUCUCGAGCUGCUCUCGCCCGUCCAUGCGCCCAACUUCUCCGUCGACGACUUCCUGCUCUCGCGCACCAAGGCAUCCGAUCUAAACUUCAUCCUCAGCGAUCUGCGCAGCUACAAUGAGAAGCUCAAGGACGAGCUCUACUCGAUCAUCAACGAGGACUACAAGGACUUUGUCUCGCUCGGCAGCAGCCUCAAAGCGGAAGCACAUCGCAUUGCGCGGCUCGGAUUCACUGCGCCUGCGCGCUCCGACGCCUCCGCCGACCAUGUGCCGCCCCAAGGACUCAUGGCGCCCGUGCGAGACACGCUGCUCGCCUCGCGCAGCAUGCUCAAGAGCGUGCAGGACGACAUUGCGAGCUGUAUGAAGAGGAAGGAAGAGGCUGCGAGUCACAAGGCGCGCUUGGAGCUCAUGCUGCAGCUGCAAGACUCGAUCGUGCGUCUCGAAGAGCUACUGCUCAUCCAGCGGCCGCACCCGCAGAGGAAUCGACGUAAGUCGUCGCUGUCGGCACGUCGACCAUCGGUGAUCAGCGCAGGGUCGCAGCCCGAACGCCGAGAUAGCCUGGCGUCGGUGGCAGCAGACUCGGACGAUGCGUUCUCCGACUACGCCAUGUCGUCCGAGUACGACGAGGACAGCGACAGUGACGACCGCACCCAGCUCACCGAUGCUCUCUCCAACCGACCGAGGCGCAAGGGUUUGCGUCGAUCCUCGGUAGCCAAGGAUGUAGUGCACGAUGAGCCUACCUCGGCGUCUGCGACACGGAACCGAUCCGACACUGUCAACGGCGGCGCGUCAUCUCUGCUCGGACUCCCACAACGCAUCGCGCGCACGUCGGCCGAAUACUCGCGUCUGCGUUUCCUCCAUCGACGCAUCGACGAAGAGGGUCUGUCGCAAUUCACCGAUGCGCUGCAAGAUCGCAUCGACCACGUGUGCUCUGUGCUGCGCCAGGACCUGCGUGCCUUGCUCGGCGUCCUGCUCGCACCCGGCUCGCUGCUCGUGCACGGUCAGAGCAGCGCGCGCACUCCCGGCUCGCCCGAGCUCCGACGCUCGUCGCGCCCAUCGCCCGGAAGCGCGCGGCGAGCGAGCUUCCUGGGCACAUCGACGCUGGCGAAGCCCGCAACGAUCCACGAGCAAUGCGCCAGCGAGCUCGACAGCUGGAGCCAGGUCGCCGAGCCGACGGACGAGAGCGCGGGUGCGGAGUCAGCGUACUGGCAGGCGAGACUCGACGAGCAGCGCUCGUGGCUCGAGAUGGCACUGGCCACGCUCAACACGCUCACGCUCGUCCGCGCGAAAGGCGGCCAAGACGGGGCAGGCGAUGUGGCACGGCGCCGGAAUGAGGCCGAAGAAGCGGUGCGCGACUUGUUCGUCAGCAAGUGGGCGGCGCGCACGAUCGUCGAGAGCCCCUCCAGCAAUGCAGAGACCGAAGAGACGAGCGGAUUGCCGAGUACGGCUCUGGCGAUGUUUCAGGAGUUCAAUCAGCGAGCCCAGUCCGCGCUGCUGCCGACGAGCGAAUCGGACCGGCUGAGCACGGUGUACAAUGCCGUGUUGACGUUUGUGGGCACGAUGGCGUGGCAGGUGGUGGAUGCGGCGCGCGAGGUGUCGCUACAGAGCAUGCACUCUACCGAGACGCCUGCAUCUGCAGCGCGGGAAGACGCGCAAUGCGAUGUCUUUGUCCAUGUGCUGUGGGACGAAAUCAGCGCCAGGCUGCUCGAUGAUUUAGGCACGAUGAUCUUCUUUGUCGGACAGACGGACUCCUUCUAUGCGCACUACACCCUGACGCGGGCGUUCCUCGACAAGCUUUCUGCGCUGGCUCCUACGGAGGCCUCGCGCGCGGCGCUGCAUGCGCAUCCGGGGUGGACGGCGUUUCGGCGGCGCUGGCAGCUGCCGGUGUACUUUCAGAUGCGCUUCCGCGAGGUGGUGACGCAGCUCGAGGUUGGGUUGGCCGAUGGGCGCGCGCGUGCUGCGGAGGGAGAGAUGAUGCAGGCGACACGCGCGACGCUGGAUGCGGUGGCACGGGUUUGGUCUGACGGCGUGCAUAUUCACGAGCUCUCGGCGAGGGAGUGGCGGGUGACACUGCAGAUCCUCAGUCGAUACAAGACGUGGGUGGAGGAGUGGUCGCCUGUCGAGGCGGGCGUCAGCAAUCGACCUCUGGAUGCACUGCGUGCUGGCGCCGCAACGGCGUCGGCUGACGGAUCGCGUAGUAGCAUGGACCGAGCAGCGUCGGUGGAGAUCUCGCGCUCGGCGACUCCGCAACCCGCACCGGACGUUUCGACGCAACAGCAAGAGGACGAGCAAUUGGCUCUGGGAGCGGCUCUGGUUGGAGACUGUUUGUUGCUCCGCACGCGCAUUUACGCUCUUCUGGACGAUACCAUCCUCUUGCGCAUCUCGAGCUGCAUAGAAGCCGAUCCGGCUGGUUUGGAAGAGCUUCGUACGGAUUUGGUCAAGGUUCUUGAUAGCGAGACGUUUGACUUUAUCGCGGGGCUGGUGUCGGGGGUGGGUCGAUUGGCGUUUGGCACGAUCAGUCCGCGUGUGGCUGCGCCGCUUCGAUUGCUGCGUUCGUUUUCAACGCCCGCUUACCGCGCCAAUACCAGCUCGGCUAGUGCUGGCGUCGAGGUGGUUCAGCAGCUAUUUGCACCGCUCGAAGCUUUCCUGAAGCUAGAAGCGGUCAGAGCGAUACCGGACGAUAUCAAGCGCGACUGGACAGAACCCAUCCUCACAUACGCUUUUAGGAGCUAUACAACCACCGUCGAGACUAUCACCAAGAAUCAGCAGUCGCUCAUCAGGCUCAAAAAAUCUCAGGCUCCUUCGUCGGGUCUCCUCGGCAUGUUCAGAGGCUCAAUAGCCGCCGACGACAACAACGACGACGAGCGCGCACAGGCAAACAAGUCGGCCCUCACCGCCUUCCAGACAAAGCUCCAGGCACUUGAUCUCGCUCUCGACUCUGAAUCAUUUGCGCCUUGGACCCGGCUCAAGACCUUCCUCGAGUCGGACCUCGACCAGUCUUGA